ACUCGUCGAGGUUGGCGGCGGCGCCAUUUUGAAUUGGCUGAGGGUCGGAGGUGGUGGUUGCUGAACCGGGGUCCGCGUCGCCCGAGAAAACCAGCGAGAAAGGAGCGAGGUCUGAAUAUGGCAGCGAAUAGGAACUUGAAGCAAGUACGGAUCGAGAAUAGCUCCCCAGCGGCUUCGCUGGGCAUGGCGGGGGGUGGCGGCGGCGGUAACCUGAAGGGAUUGCGGGGCCUAGAAACGGAGAGUGAGGCAUCGGCGGCCAUGGCGCUGGUGCCGAGCAAAGAAGGUGGAGAUGAAGAGCAGGAGGUUGGGUUCACCAUCGAUAUCAAAAGCUUUCUCAAACCUGGCGAGAAGAGCUACACGCAGCGCUGCCGGCUGUUCGUGGGGAAUCUGCCUACUGAUAUCACCGAGGAAGAUUUCAAGCGCCUCUUCGAGCGUUAUGGGGAGCCUAGCGAGGUCUUCAUCAAUCGGGACCGUGGCUUUGGCUUCAUUCGCCUGGAAUCUAGGACACUGGCUGAAAUAGCAAAGGCAGAACUUGAUGGUACUAUUUUGAAGAGCAGACCACUUCGAAUUCGAUUUGCUACACAUGGAGCUGCCCUAACGGUCAAGAAUCUUUCACCUGUGGUUUCUAAUGAGCUGCUGGAACAAGCAUUCUCUCAAUUUGGGCCAGUGGAAAGAGCUGUUGUUGUAGUAGAUGAUCGUGGCAGAGCUACAGGAAAAGGUUUCGUAGAGUUUGCAGCAAAACCUCCAGCACGGAAAGCUCUAGAAAGAUGCAGUGAUGGGGCAUUCUUGUUAACAACAACACCUCGACCUGUUGUUGUAGAACCAAUGGAGCAAUUUGAUGAUGAAGAUGGGCUCCCAGAGAAGCUAAUGCAAAAAACACAACAGUAUCACAAGGAAAGAGAACAGCCUCCACGUUUUGCUCAGCCUGGAACAUUUGAGUUUGAGUAUGCUUCACGGUGGAAGGCUCUUGAUGAGAUGGAAAAGCAACAGCGUGAACAGGUUGACAGGAACAUUAGAGAAGCCAAAGAGAAACUAGAGGCAGAAAUGGAAGCAGCUAGACAUGAGCAUCAGCUAAUGCUGAUGAGGCAAGAUCUCAUGCGACGUCAAGAAGAAUUGAGGCGUUUGGAAGAACUUCGAAAUCAAGAACUUCAAAAACGCAAGCAGAUACAAUUGAGACAUGAAGAAGAACAUCGACGUCGCGAAGAAGAGAUGCUACGUCAGAGGGAACAGGAGGAAUUACGACGACAGCAGGAGGGAGGAUUUAAGCCAAACUUCAUGGACAAUAGAGAACAGGAAAUGAGAAUGGGUGAUAUGGGUCCUCGUGGAGCAAUAAACAUGGGAGAUGCGUUUAGCCCAGCACCUGCUGGUAACCAAGGCCCUCCUCCAAUGAUGGGUAUGAAUAUGAACAACAGAGGAACUUUACCUGGCCCUGCAAUGGGUCCUGGUCCUUCCAUGGGACCAGAAGGAGCUGCAAAUAUGGGAACACCAAUGAUGCCAGAUAAUGGAACAGUGCAUAAUGAGAGAUUCCCUCAAGGAGGUCCAUCACAGAUGGGUUCACCUCUGGUUAGUAGAACGGGCUCUGAAACUCCUCAGCCGCCAAUGAGUGGUGUAGGUGCCGUGAGUGGUGGACCUGGUGGCUUUGGUAGAGGAAACCCAGGGGGCAACUUUGAAGGACCUAACAAGCGUCGCAGAUACUAAAACUUAUUUCAUUCCUUACUGUUUAGAAAUUCCAGUAAAACUAUACAGUGAUAUGCCUUUAUAAUUUUAGCUGUUAUCUGGAAACGGUUUUAUUGUUAUUGUAGUCUUUAAAACAGUUUCUUUUGUAAAACUUUUUUUGUAUUCAGUCAUAGGCUUUGUAGUAUAGAGCAGAAAUGAUGCGGAUCAUUAUGUAAGGCAAUGUGUUUGUGACUAGCAAAAUACAAUGUGUGACUAUGCUGUAAAACGUGCAGUUAUCUGAUUACAAUAAAAUAUAAAAAUCACUUGAAAGGA